AUGUCCCCGUCCGCCCAUCCCGACGCUCCCAUCAUCAUCUUCGGAACGGCCAACUUUGGCAGUCCGGAAGAUUCAAAGGGGAAACUUUUUGGGCCUGUGACGGUGGAGCAAGGUAGGGAGUAUCUCGAUGUGCUCCAGGAAUUCAAUGUCGAUGUGCUUGACACGGCUCGAAUCUAUAGUGGUGGUGAGAGUGAGAAGUUACUCGGCGCCCUGGAUGCAUCUCGUGAGUUCAAGAUGUGCACAAAGGCAAGCGGUACAUUGGAUGGAUGCGGUACAAGGGAUGCCGUUCUUUCUGCCUUCAAGGCCUCAUCCGAAGCCCUGGGCGUAAAAGAGGUGGAUACCUACUACCUCCACACCCCAGACCGCACCACCAGCCUCGAAGAAACAAUGGACACCAUAAACGAGCUCCACAAAGCCGGCAGCUUCAAAACCUUCGGCAUCAGCAACCUCCGCGCCGACGAAGUCCAACACCUGCACACCUACGCCCGCUCAAAAAACUACAUCCUCCCCACAAUCUACCAAGGCACAUACAAUCUCCUCUCCCGCCAAUGCGAAACCAAACUCCUCCCCCUCCUCCGCACCCUCGGCAUCCGCUUCUACGCCUACUCCCCGCUCUGCUGCGGCCUGCUCAUCAACGCAGAAGCAAAGUUGCAGGCCUCGACCGGCCGCUGGGAUACCUCGCAUUUUGGGGGCAAGUUUAUGAAUGCGUUGUAUAAUAAGCCGUCGUAUAUUGCCGCCAGCAACGCCUUUCAGGAUAUGUGUGGCAAGUAUGGGGUUAGGCCGGCGGGCGCGGCGUAUCGCUGGGUGAGGUAUCAUUCGGAGUUGGAGGGGGGGUUGGGGGAUGGGAUGGUGGUUGGGGCGAGUUCGGCGAGGCAGUUGGAGGAGUCGUUGGGGGAGAUUGAAAAGGGGCCGUUGGAGGAGGGGUUGGUGGGGGAGUUGGAGGGGUUGUGGGAUUUGGUCAAGGAGGAUGCGCCGGCUUAUAGUUUGUGA